CGCCGUCGCCGUCCUGGUCCCUGCCCUUCACAUCCGUCCACAUCCUAGCAGGCUCGACUCCCAAGCGCAGCGCAGCGAUGGCCCUUCUCAAGUCCAACAAGGUUCUCUACUGUCUCGGGAACAUUUCCCCAUCCCUGGGGGUCCUGUCCUCCCGCCACAGCUCGUGGUGGGGUGGAGUGCAGAUGGGUCCCCCCGAUCCCAUCCUGGGGGUGACCGAGGCCUUCAAGAAAGACACCAACCCCAAGAAAAUGAACCUGGGAGUGGGAGCCUACAGGGAUGACCAGGGCAAGCCCUUUGUGCUCAGCUGUGUCCGCAAGGCAGAAGCUUUGAUUGCAGCCAAGCAGGUGGAUAAGGAGUACCUUCCCAUCGGUGGUCUGGGGGAGUUUAACAAGGCGUGUGCCCAACUGGCUUUUGGUGCUGAUAAUGAGGUCUUGAAGAGUGGCAGGAACAUCACUGUCCAAACCAUCUCAGGAACUGGAUCUCUGCGCAUUGGAGCUAACUUUUUGUCUCGUUUCCAUGGAGGUCCACGUGACGUGUACUUGCCCAAGCCCUCCUGGGGAAACCACACACCAAUCUUCAGAGACGCUGGCAUGCAGCUCAAAUCCUACCGAUACUACGACCCGUCUACCUGUGGCUUUGACUUCAAAGGAGCUCUUGAUGACAUCUCAAAAAUCCCGGAGAAGAGUGUGAUCUUGUUGCACGCUUGUGCACACAACCCCACUGGUGUGGACCCGAGGCCUGAGCAGUGGAAGGAGAUUGCUGAGAUUGUGAAGCAAAGGCAACUGCUCGUGUUCUUCGACAUGGCCUACCAGGGCUUCGCCAGUGGAGACAUUGACCGUGAUGCCUGGGCUGUGCGCUACUUCCUUGAACAGGGCCACAACAUCCUGUUGUCUCAGUCCUUCGCCAAGAACAUGGGACUUUAUGGUGAGCGUGUUGGAGGCUUCACUGUGGUGUGUAAUGAUGCAGAGGAGGCAAAGAGAGUCGAGUCUCAGCUUAAAAUCCUCAUCAGGCCCAUUUACUCCAACCCACCGAUGAAUGGUGCUAGAAUUGCAGCAACCAUUCUCAACACACCAGAACUGCACUCAGUGUGGCUGGAGGAGGUCCAUGGAAUGGCUAACCGCAUCAUUAAGAUGAGAGAACAGCUGGUGGCUGGCCUGAAGAAGGAGGGUUCCUCUCACAACUGGAAUCACGUCAUUGACCAGAUCGGGAUGUUCUGCUUCACGGGCCUCAAACCCGAGCAGGUUGAGCGCUUGUCAAAGGAGUUUUCCGUGUACAUGACUAAAGAUGGCAGAAUUUCCAUGGCUGGUGUGACCUCUGGAAAUGUGGCCUACCUGGCGGAGGGGAUCCACGCGGUUACCAAGUAGAUUGGAUCCUGCUGGAAAAGCUACAAAAAUCAAAGCAGCAGUGUUUAAUGAGCAACUUCGUGUGUCACUUGUUCUCUGUCUGCUCCAUUCCACCUUAAGAAAAGAGCUCAGUAUUUACUUAGACUUUUUCUUGAUUGGAUUACAUCAUGAGUUCAACUUUGUCCCAAUUCAAGCAGUUGCUGCUGCUUUUUUUCCUUUCUUUUUUUUUAACAUUUCAUUGAACAGUCUCCCCUGCCAAAUUUUAAAAAACGUGAAUUCUCCCUCUGAUUGAGCUGAUGUCUCAUCUUUGCAAAUUUAUCAUGUGGAAUCAAAUAGUUGGCUGUGCAUUAGUGUAAAUGUUCAUUGUUUAUCUUCUGUGAGCACAACACUCUUUAAAACAUCAAGAGACUAAUGUUAGGCUGUGCAUUAGUUUUACAUGCAAGGUGAGAUCUCCCUUACAUUGUGGAAGCCCCUAGAAAAUGUGAGUUCUUUUCUUUGUUAAUUCUAACGGUUAAGUUGUAGCACUUUAUCAACAGUAAAGCACUGUUUGAGUUUCAAGAUUAGCCUCUGUUUUUAUCAUUAGACUUAACUGUGUUAACAGGCAUUUGUCAAUCAGGUAAUCAAGUCACUGUCAGGCUAAUCUGUGGUCGUUCAUCUGAACUAAUCAAUCAUCUGGAAAUGUAGUUUCCUGGUUAUCUUCCUGUAAGGAAUCAGCCUCCAUUGUUAUCAAUAGUUUUUUCAAUGGAUUCAUUACUUUUCCACUACAUGUGCAGGGCAGCAGUCUCAGUCGGUCCCCUCAACCACCAACCAAACUAGUCCACAGGCCACAGGAGUUAAACUCAGUACAGAGAAGUGAUCAGUAAAUGUUGAACGACUUCCACCAUUAAAGACUUUUCUUUAUUCCAGCAAAUCAAAUGCCCCAUUUUCUUCAUCAACAUAUAUGCACUCCCAGCUCAUUCACACACACGUGUGUGAGUGAUACUGGAUCAACGGUCAUGUACCUUAUUGAACAAACAAUAAAUUAUUAUAGAGUUCU